ACAAACCCACACUGAGCAUGCGUCGUCGGAAUAAUGGAGGACUGUCUUUUCCACCCGGACUGAUGAUGUCUGUACUUCUACUCUACUACCUGCUCUGAAAGAAAAAAAGAAAAAAACUUGCUUCAGCUUGUAGUUGGGAAAAAACAGCACCCAAGAUGACUACGGACACACCGGCCCAGAGCGUGGGCUCCAGGAUAAUGACUUUCACCCCCACCAAGGAGGAGUUCAAGGACUUCAGCCGCUACAUCGCCUAUAUGGAGUCACAAGGAGCCCACAAAGCUGGAAUGUCUAAAGUUAUCCCACCGAAAGACUGGAAACCCAGACAGACUUAUAAUGAUAUUGAUGACCUGGUGAUCCCCGCUCCCAUUCAGCAGGUGGUGACCGGCCAGUCGGGACUAUUCACUCAGUACAACAUCCAAAAGAAGCCCAUGACUGUCCUCGAGUUCCGCAAAACCUCCAACAUGGACAAGUUCUGCAGUCCCAGAUAUGUGGAUUUUGACGAGCUAGAGAGGAAGUUUUGGAAGAACCUGACCUUUAACCCGCCCCUUUAUGGGGCCGAUGUCAGCGGGACCCUAUAUGACCCGGAUGUGACUGAAUGGAACAUCGGCCGCCUCAACACCAUCCUGGACACGGUGGAGAACGAGAGCGGGAUCAAGAUCAAAGGAGUCAACACACCUUACCUGUACUUUGGGAUGUGGAAGAGUGCCUUUGCGUGGCAUACGGAGGACAUGGAUCUGUACAGCAUCAACUACCUGCACUUUGGAGAGCCAAAGACCUGGUACGUCGUCCCACCAGAGCAUGGGAAACGACUGGAACGACUUGCCAAAGGCUUCUUUCCAGGGAAUGCUCAAGGCUGUGAGGCCUUCCUGCGCCACAAGAUGACUUUAAUUUCACCCUCAAUCCUGAAAAAAUUUGGGAUACCAUUUGAGAAGGUCACUCAGGAGGCUGGGCAGUUUGUUGUGACGUUCCCAUUCGCUUACCACGCUGGAUUCAACCACGGCUUCAACUGUGCCGAGUCGACCAACUUUGCCACCCAGCGAUGGAUUGAUUACGGCAAGCAGGCGACACUGUGUUCCUGCCGUCAAGACAUGGUGAAAAUCUCCAUGGACGUGUUUGUCCGCAAAUUUCAGCCCGACCGCUACAAGCUGUGGAAGGCUGGGAAAGACAACGCUGCCAUCGACCACUCCAAAGUCCCGCCGGAGGCUGCUGAGCUCCCAAGAGAGGAGAAGAGCGAACCUCCCAAAGAGGCUGAAUCCAAGGAGCCCGCUACUCCUGCCCCAGAGGACAAAAGUCCAAAGCCUCAGACCGGAACAAAGCGACAGCUCCAAGCUACCGAAGCCUCCGGAGACAUCGGAGUUGAGCUGCCUGUCAAGGAGAAUGAGAUAGAAGGGGUGGAGCCAAAGAAGGCAAGGCUGUCACGCAAGGACUCUCCGACCAAAGUCAAGCCAGACAAAGACACAGUAAAAGUAAAGACUGAGCCCAGGAAGGACAAACAUCUCAGGUCUCAGGCUAAAUCUCCGUCCAAAUCCAGCUCUAAGAAAACCUCCAGCAGACAAAGCGCAUCAAAGAAAGAGAAGAACGGCGUGUUGGCUGCAUGUCCUCCUGAGCCGGCAGUGAGCCGGCCGCUUGCUCCGUGCUCCGAGGAGGAAGAGGAGGAGGAAGAGGAGGAGGAGCAGCAGCAGCAGCAGCAGCAGCAGCGCACAAGCCCGGCGCACAAGCUGUUCCAGACAACAAUGAGCCCCGCGGACGUCCUGCACGUUCAUAGCUACGCUAAAGGAGACUACGGAGAAGGAGACGCUCUGCCCAUGAAGGACGACACAAGUGACAAGAGUGACAAGAGUGACAAGAGUGACAAGAGUGACAAGAGUGACGACAGUGAUGAUGAGACGGAGAGAGACAGCAGACAUGUUAGCAAAGCACAGGUAGCAGAAGAGUCUGCCGGAGAAGAAGACCUAAGUGAUCUAGGACAGCUUCCAGGCCACCAUCCGCUCAUAAAGGACUGCCUGAGUGAUGAAGAGGCCCCGGAGGAGGCCCCCCCAGCAGAGGAGGGUGGUUUGGAAGGGGAGAGCUGGGCUAAACCUCUGGCUCACCUGUGGCAGAACAGACCUCCCAACCUGAAGAAAGAGAGAGUGUACAACCAGUGCAUGGGAUCCAAAGCUCCAUAUUGCUCCAUCUGCACGCUGUUCCACACAUACCAGCAGACUGAAUGUGCGAGCAGCGUAGACAGUCCUGUCAUGUUGGCCGGUGGGCGGAUGCGGACCAAGCCUUUGAUCCCGGAGAUGUGCUUCACCACCACCACCGAGGAGGACUCUGAGUGUGAUGAGCAGCCCGUCACACCGCACCUGGAGGAAGACGGAACCAGCCUCCUCAUCAGCUGCUCUCAGUGCAGCAUCCGGGUCCACACCAGCUGUUACGGUGUGGAUCCUGCCAGUGUGAGCAAGGAGUGGAAAUGUGUGCGCUGCAAGGCCAACGCCAUGAACGAGAAUUGCUGUUUGUGUUUGCUGAGGGGUGGCGCCUUGCAGAAAGCCAACAACAACAAGUGGGUACAUGUGCUGUGUGCAGUGGCUGUGCUGGAGGCACGCUUUGUCAACAUCACUGAAAGAAGUCCUGUGGACUUAAGUGGAAUCCCUUUGCAGAGAUUUAAACUGAAGUGUUACUACUGCAAGAAGAGGAUGAAGAAGGCGUCCGGCUGCUGCGUGCAGUGCUCCCACGGCCGCUGUCCCACCGCCUACCACCCCACCUGUGCCCAGGCCGCCGGAGUCCUCAUGCAGCCCGACGAGUGGCCCUUUGUGGUGCACGUCACCUGCUGCCGACACAAGGGCCCCACUCAGAUCGAGCGCAACAAAGCCGCCAUGCACGAGCUGACUGUGGGUCAGAAGGUGAUAUGCAAGCACAAGAACGGCCGUUACUACCAGUGUGACGUGGUGCAGCUGUCCAAGGAGACCUUCUACGAGGUGAACUUCGACGACGGCUCCUUCAGCGACAAUCUCUUCCCCGAAGACAUAGUGAGCAGAGACUGUGCUCAGCUGGGACCGCCACCCAAGGGUGAUGUGGUCCAGGUGAGAUGGACGGACAGCUUGGUGUACGGGGCCAAAUUUGUGGCAGCGCAUGCUAUCCACAUGUACCUGGUGGAAUUCGAGGAUGGGUCGCAGCUAACAGCCAAGAGAGAUGACGUCUACGCUCUGGACGAGGAACUUCCUAAGAGAGUCAAAUCAAGACUGUCUAAAGCUUCAGACAUGAGAUUUGACGGCAUCUUCGAAGGGAAGGAGAUCAUCAAGCAGUCAAAGAGGCAGAGAGUGAUCAACUCGCGUUACAGGGGGGACUACAUAGAGCCUGUGAUCUACAGAGCCAUCAUGGAGUAGCUUCUGCUCACACACACACACACACACACACACACACACACACACACCAGCACUGACAGAAUGAACGGCGCUCAAUGUAACCUUAACGUAGCAGCUAGCCACUGAGAGUGUAGCUCCAGAUGACUUUAGACUGUUUUUCCUUUUUUUUUGUCUCUCUCAUUCAUCCAUCUUAAAUCAUUCAACAGGCAUUUCUAUCUUUGUUAUUUGACAGCACUCAAAAAAAUAGCAACAAAAAGCAGCGUCAUUUUUUCCCAUAAAGGAUAAACGGUGUCCCGCCCUGGCAUUACACAAAAUUAGGAAGCAAAAAGUUUUUGAACAUUUUGAUUUUAAUGUUAAAUAAACUGCUCCUAGCUAAACCUUUCAAUUACAAAUAAAAUAAAAAUCAUAUAUUUCUAUAUUUCUUUCCUGCUGCCAUUAGUGGCUAUCAUACAGAGCUCGACAGGUAUCCGCUUCAGACUAGUUUGGAUUUAUUUUGUUUUCACAUGGCUGAAUAAAUACUUUCAAACUUCCCUAUCCCUUUUCAAACAUCCUUAUUGCAAUUAUUCAUUGAUUCCUGAUUUUUUACUAGGAAGAAAAAGAGACUAAAAGAAUAAUUCCUAUUUUUUAUUUUUUUUGACUGAUUGAUUAUUUCCCUCUAAAGACCUCUCAGGUCUCAGGAGGCCACAUUUGCCAUGAAAACUGCACCACGUGAUCAUUUCAAAUUGCUUAAAGUCCUUAAAACGAGAUAUUGAAAAAGCCUGUCUCCAAGAUGGGCUUUCAAUAUUAAAGAAUGACGCAUGACCCUCAAUGCGUAGAAAUACCUGGCUAAAUUAGCUUCACCCUCUUUUGCUGUAUCUACUUCAAUAAAAUAUAAUAAGAGUAGACCGGACAUUCCCAUUUGAAUCCACGCAGCGGGAUGGUCGGGAGCAGCUGUCAUUCGAACGACCAGUGGGGUAGUAACCUUAUGAAGCAUACUUCUAACUAACAGUUGCAUCGUCAAAGCCAUUUCUUUACAUUUGAUACAAGCAAACCACCAGGAGGCCACCAUAGGAAAAUAGUGCCUCAUCCAUAAAUCCUUUUAAUAAUGAGAUUAUUCCCAUCCGCCCUUCACGAAAUAGUACCUGACCAUUUCUUGAACAGCAAAUAAACUGUAUUUAUGUGCAGAAAUAUGACAAAACUAAACGUAUUUCUAGAGUGCUGUAAGUACCUAAGUGAACACCAAUACCAAAUGCAUUCUUCUUUUGAUGCCUUACUUAGAAAUGUAAAAAUCUACAAUUUUCUCAAAGUUUUUUUUACAGCUGUGUGCUUGUGAAAAUGAAGAAACACAAACACAGGAUCAGAAAGAAAAGGUAAACAUUUCAAUUGCUUUAGAAACUAUCCGAUUAAAAAGGGCGCAGACACGUUUACAAAUCUGACCAGAUACUCACCGACAGCUCUUCUUUCAGUGAUCGGUGCGAAGGGACACAUUUUGGUUUGUACCCAAACAAGUAAAUUCUGCACCAGUAUUUGACAACUCUUUUGUUGAUCGUCUGAGCACGGUUUCAAUUCAUGACCUCUAUCACUGUAGUGUCAUAGAAUAAUCCUUUUACUUGUUUCUCCGGGUUUGCGACUCGACCAUAAAACUGUGUUUUACAAUAUAUGAGUUGAGCUGAUUCUAGGUUAUACGGUGCAAAAAUGAGUUCAUUUUAAUGCUCAGUAUUGGACAUACUGAGCUCCUCAGUGGGUUAUGACAUGGAAAUGUUUUUUACUGAAUAGUUCUGUUUUAAAAUAAUCUUUCACGACUUCACACACGUGCAAGUAGAAACAUUUACCACACCAUUUCGGUCAACAUGAUUGCGAAAAAUAAAUACAAAACAAUAUGAAUAAUAUAAAGUUGGAAUAUUUCUUUAAGUAGGAGCAAUUUCAACAAUGAACUGCAUUCCUUUACCUUUUGAUUUAGACAAAGUGGGUGGGGCUUGUUCUUACCUGCCCAGUUUUUAAGGUGCUUUUAGAAGGUCACCAAUGCCGAGGUUGUUGAUGUGUGUUUUAUUUUCUCUACAGUACAGACACAUUUUAAAGAACUCGUUCAGAUUUAUAACGCGCUUUGUCUACCCAACUGUUCCCUCGCUCUCUUACUGAAAGUUGUGCAUUGCACUUUUAUUUAAGUUGUUUUUGAGGACAUUGGAUUUUUUUUACUUGAUGCCAUUGUGUAUUUGUAAAAAAAAAAAAAGAGAAUGUUAACCGUAGGUUUGUAAAAUGUCUUACGGAUUGAGUGGCCCUCAAGCUCUUUGGCCUCGUUGCACUAGUUCCGGGACGUGGUGGGCUUGUGAGGUCAUCGUCUGCCUGUGAACUCUGCACUCAGAGGAACGGACCUUUUCCACUUCAAGGACUCCAUCAGUCCAGUGGAGAAUGAAUUUAUUAUAUUCAUAAAGUAUUAAGAGAGUUGUACAUGAGGAGGGGGAUUUUCUAUUCUAUUUUACUGCGUCGUUUUGUAAAACAUGUUCUAUCUGUAUCUUUCACAUAAACCUAUCAAGUGUGAAUGUCAUGUAGUCUAUUUUAAGAGGAUUCGUGUUGCCCCAGGAGAUGUUUGUUCUUGUUGGCUCCUCCUGAGAAGAAUUAACUGAAGGAAUUUGUAAAAUGAAUUUGUUUGUUUCAGUAAAGAAAUGUUUUCUUCCAAUGCUA